GGCUCAGAGUUUGGUGGUGCCCUUUUAGCAACACGUUCCCAAAAGGACUACCGGUUUUUGGAAAGAAAAAAAAUCAUCUUUAACAGAGAGGAUUUACUUUUCCCCCCACCUCCUAACAGCAUGACAGAGAACAAGAAGAAAGAAAAGAAAGGGAAAAAGAAAGGAGGAAAGAAAGGACAAAAAGAGAAAGAGGGCAGUCCCGCUACAGCGGCGGCUCCAAAGUUAAAACCCCUCAAGAAUCCAAUGUUAGUGAACGAGGGAAGCAAGCUCAUAGUGAAGUGCGAGGCCACGGGAAACCCCGCCCCCUCCUACACAUGGUACAAAGACGGCAACGAGCUGAAGAAAAGCGGAAAAAUUAAAAUAAAGAAUUCCAAGAAAUUCUCCAGAGUCCAGAUCAGCAGAGCGAAACUGGAGGAUUCUGGGAAUUACACGUGUGUGGUGGAGAACUCGCUGGGGAGGGACAACUCCACCGGCAUCGUCAACGUCCAAAGCAUAACCACAACGAUAUCUCCAGCCUCAGGCCAUGCCAGAAAAUGCAACGACACYGAGAAGGCCUACUGUGUGAAUGGCGGUGACUGUUUAUUCAUUCAUGGUGUAAACAAGCUUUCCUGCAGGUGUCCAAAUGCAUUUACUGGUGAUCGCUGUCAAACCUACGUUAUGGCCGGUUUCUACCAGCAUCUUGGGAUUGAAUUUAUGGAGGCAGAGGAACUCUACCAGAAAAGAGUCCUGACAAUCACGGGUAUCUGUGUGGCUCUGUUGGUGGUGGGCAUCUUGUGUGUGGUCGCCUACUGUAAAACCAAGAAACAAAGACGGCAGAUGCACAAUCAUAUGAGACAGAACAUGUAUCUUGAACAUCCGAAUCGGAACCUUGCCAACGGACCUAAUCACCCAGGACCCGGACCAGAGGAAAUCCCUAUGGUAGACUACAUAUCAAAGAAUAUGCCUGCAACUGAGCGAGUCAUUCGAUCUGCAACAGAACGAUCAUUCCCUGCCAGUCACGCCUCUUCCAGAUCUCACAACUCUUCCACGCGAGCCCAUUCAUCGACUCAAAGACAUGAGGAGAGAACAUGGAGCCUGCAACGGUCCGAAAGUUUCCUCUCCGACUCUCCGGGAAUGAUGUCAUCGUCCGUGGGGACCAGUAAAUGCAGCAGUCCUGCGUGCAUGGAGGCGCGGGCGCGGCGAGCUGCACACUGUGCUUAUUCUGAUCCCCACCGGCCGGGGCUCCAGUACGGGGACUCGUUCGACUCGCUGGGAGACUCUCCACACAGCGACAGAUACGUGUCAGCCCUGACAACACCAGCCCGCCUCUCCCCGGUGGAUUUCCACUACUCAUUGCCCCCCCAGGUGCCUACCUUCCAGAUUACAUCCCCCAAUGCCAGCCAUGCCAUGUCGCUCCCUCCUGCUGUCCACAAUCCUUAUCCUCUCGAGGAUGACCAGCCUCUGCUGCGCCGCUACCAGGUGGCCCGACACGACGCCCAGUGCCAGGAGCCCUACCGGCAGCAGCGCCGUACCUAUCUAAACGACAGCAGGGGCAGCCUGCCUUCCAGCCCCUACCAGCUGGCUGAGGAAGAAGACUAUGAGACCACCCAGGAGUACCUCUCCUCUCGGGAGCAACCAAAGACAAGCGGGUCCAGUGGAACGGGUAGCCGGCGCUGGAGACGAUCCAGACUGAACGGCCACGUGGCCCCGCGUGGAUACGAGGCGUCUCGGGACUUAGGAUCUCGGAGCUGCCUAACGGAUAGUGAGUCUGAGGUGGACGGCGAGAGCACCCCCUUCCUCAGUAUGCAGAACAUGAACACCGAGCCCUCCACCAUCUACAGGCCGGUGGACAGUCGGACUUCUCACUCUUCAGGGUGGCACAGCGGGCACGGGAACACGCAUACGAGACUGACACACUCACGCCCCAAACCGGACACUACACCCCAUUAAAGAGUGAAAACGAACCGAGAAAAAAAAUCAAUAUAGUACUGAUCUUCAUCUAUAAGAAAUAUUUUUAUUUUAUAUAACUGACAGAUAUUCUAAACAAAUGAAAUAUUUAUUUUCAUUUUAGCAAAAAGUUGUCUACUAGUUAACAACAAAGAAUUUUUUAUAGGGAAAACUAUUUAUAUGUACAUUUUGAUUUACAGCAUAAAAAAGAUGGUCCAGUUUUUUCACGUUUAAAAAAAAUUAGAGUAAUAUUGUGGUGCCUUUUGCUGUUUGCCGAUACCAGAGGGCCAGUGGAGGUUUUGUAGCCUUUCUUAUAUGGACGCCUCAUUUUUUAUACACAUUUAUGUUUGUUUGUUUGUUUUUUGUGUGUCUUUUCUGAAUUUUUCUGUUUCACUUUGUUUCCGAAAGGCAUUCUUUUAUGAAGUUUGUCCUUUUCCUGGAGCAUAAACCCCUUUCAUGUCAUGCAAUAUAAACCACUUCAACGUAAAGUGUGUGUUUACAUUAAUAUGAUUUGCCCUCAGGGCUGAUGAUUAUGGAUGAUGAAUACAGUGUAUUAUUAAUAUUAUUAUUGUUAUUUUAUUUUAUUAUAUUUGUUUCUCACUGA